AUGCUCGUCGAGCUCGCCACAGUGCUCGUGGGGGUAGCAGUGCUGCAGCUCGUGAGCGCUGCCCCUGCACCACCCCCGUCACAUCCGACCGCGACCGCAUUGCCCAAUGUGGUGUUCCAUGACGGCCGGCACGACGCAGGCAUUCGCAAAGACCAGAACCACAUGGACCCACGAGAUCGCCGCGCAAACGAGUGGAUCGCGGGCAUGCUCGCUGCCACGCAGAGCAAGUAUGCCGACCUCCUCCCGCCUCCAAAGCACAAACGACGCUGGAACGCCGACCUGAUCAACGUCUACCGUGACCUCUCGUACAGCGUCCCCAUCUCGAUCGGGUCCCCACCACAGAUCGUCAACGUCACCCUCGACACGGGCAGCACGACGCUGUGGGUGUACACGAGUUGCACGGGCAUGGCCUGCGGCGGGGUCACGCCGUUCUCGCCCGCCGCGUCGUCGAGCUUUAGCACCAACGGGACGCCGUUUAACCAAGACUACGGUGUCGGCGGCGUCAGCGGAGCGUACGGGACCGACACGGUAGCGAUUGGAGGCAACGUCGUUACGGGGCAGCAGGUUGGCCUGGUGACGUACACUGGCAGCGACAGCGUGGGCGCCAUGGCAGGUACCACCAAGGGAGGGCUGUUGGGCCUUGGGUGGCCAUCGAGUCCGACAGACGGACGGAGUUUCUGGGCCAACAGCGCCGCGCAGACCACUUGGGCAUCGCCACAGUUCGGCAUCUACCUCGCCCGCUGCCUGGACCGCAACAACAACAACUAUGAAGUCGCCGGUGGCGAGUUGUCGCUAGGUGACUUGGACACAUCCCUGUUCACGGGCGACAUCACGUACAUCAGUGCCUCGGAAAACAGUGGCAGCGUGUACUGGCAGAUCCCCCUAGACGGCGCCAUCAUCAACGGUGCCACAGUGGACACGACACGCAAAAAUGGCGCCAAACCGUUGGCAGUCAUCGACACGGGCACGACGGUGGCGCUGGGUGCCCGCAAGGCCGUGGCGGCCAUCUACGCCCAGGUCCCGGGAGCAAGCAUCGACAGCGAUGUGACCUUCAACAUGCUCGGAUACGACACGGACGUGUACACGUUCCCCUGCAGCAACCUUUCGAUGCUGCCGCAGCUCGACCUGGUCUUUGGCGGCGUCCCCUUCAGCAUCUACCCGCCCGACCUGGUGCUGCAGUUGAGUUCAUCGGGGACAACAUGCACGGGCUCUUUGGUGGGCAUGGACAGCUCGGACGACUUUUGGCUGUUGGGGGACACGUUUCUUAAAAACGUCUACAGCGUCUACCGCUCCUCCCCGGCAGCUGUGGGGUUUGCGACGCUGGCCACGGAUGCCGACUUGCGAUACACGACGACGAGCAUCAUGGCCAUUGGCGGCAAAAACUCCAUUGCGUUCGGGACCCCGUCAUCAAAGUCUAGAACACAGUCGAGCACUCGCGGCGGACACGGCGCCAGCGCGUCCGGCAAUCAACAGGCUGCCGCCACGGACUCGUCCACGUCGCCGGGGUCCAGCGGCGAGCCUGCCCAUGCUGUAAGCGCUGCUGCUGCUACUGUUGCGGGGCGUGGGCUGUGGAGAUUGGGCGGCAUGUGUGUGGUUUGGACCGUGUUGCAUGUGGUGGGCGGCCAGUGUUGA